CCGCCCGCACUGCGUCACGCCCACACGCGCCGCCGCCGCCGCCAUCAUGCUCCGCCGGCUGCCUCGCGCCCCCGCCCUGCCAGGGCGGCCGCGGCCCCCCCCGCCGCCCGCCGCUUCCCGCUCCGUGGUGACCGCCGUGCCGCUGGCCCACGCGGAGCUGGGGUCCCGCGGGGACCGGCUGCCCCUGGUGCUGCUCCACGGGCUCUUCGGCAGCCGCGGCAACUUCCAGACGGUGGCCAAGGCGCUGGUGCGCCACGGGAGCGGCAAGGUGCUGAUGCUGGACGCCCGGAACCACGGCGGCAGCCCCCACAGCCCGCUGAUGACCUAUGAAGCGAUGAGCCUGGACGUGCAGCACCUCCUGACCCACCUGGGCAUCACCAAAUGCAUCCUCCUGGGACACAGCAUGGGGGGCAAGACGGCCAUGACGCUGGCCUUGCAGCGGCCAGACCUGGUGGAGCGCCUCAUCUCCGUAGACAUUAGUCCCGUCUCAACCGCACCUGUCUCUGAAUUCUCUGCCUACAUCUCUGCCAUGAAGUCGGUGAAGAUCCCGGAUGGUCUGUCCCGCUCUGCAGCUCGCCAGCUGGCUGACGAUCAGCUGUGUCCUGUGGUCCAGCUCCCGCAGCUGAGACAGUUCCUCCUUACCAACCUGGUGGAGGUGGAGGGCCGCUACAUCUGGCGGGUGAACCUGGAGGCUAUUUCCCAGCACUUGGCAGAUAUCAUGAACUUCCCAGUUUUCCACAAGCCAUUUCCUGGCCCUGCACUCUUCUUGGGAGGAUCCAACUCGCCUUAUAUCAGCUCCAAACACUUCCCGGAGAUCCAGCGCCUUUUCCCCAAGGCGCAUGUCCAGUACAUCGAAGGUGCAGGCCACAUAGUCCAUCAGGAUAAAUUUGAAGAAUUCAUCACUGCUGUCCUCAAUUUCCUGCCACCACCGUAGCGCUGGGGACCAGGGUUUCUGCAAGCACCACGUGGGACCUGAGGAGCUCUUGGGCAGUGACGCAGGGCGCUGGGCUCUGUAAGGAGGGGCCCAGCCUGGACCGGCUGCCCACAUUGCAGCCUGAUCCUGCUUGCAGGGCCUUCUCCUACCCCGGGUCACUUGGAGAUGGGGUGGAGAGGCACCUCCAUCUCUCCCAGGGACACAGGGUGACCCCGGCCCAGGACACUGCCCUUCCUGUGCAGCCUGUCCUGCCUGCACUGGAGUGUCUCGGGUGCAAGGAGCGGGCAGGAGAGCCCUCUUGUUUUCCUGCUGCCAGACCACCUGGUUGUGGAUCUGGCUGUGAUUUCACAGAACAUGCAAUAAAGCUGAAUCCAUGCCAAGGCAGAAAA